AUGGUCGAUGACGCUGCCCUCGCGGCGGCGGCCGAGGUCGUCGCCUCGCUCGCGGCCGACCAAAAGUCGUCGUCGUCUCUGGCCGUCGGUCUCGGCGCCCCCAUUAAGCUUCCGGGACGCGAAACCCCUGCCAAGAGGAGCCUCGAAAUCGAAUUGCAAAAGCUCGCCCUCCGUGUCGGCCAGCUCGAGACAAAGGCCUCGGCCUCGGCCUCGUCCAUCUUCCCCGAGACGCCAAACGAGGUUAGCGACUCUCUCUUUGGCGUCGAAUCUGGCCCCAACAGACCCGUGGCCUGCAAGCCAAAACUGACCAAGGAAGCGCUGGAAGGACUGCGAGACCACGUUGACGACCAGUCCAAGCUCCUCGACAGUCAACGCAGGGAGCUUGCUGGCGUCAACGCCCAGCUGCUUCAACAAAAGCACUUACAGGAACGUGCCCUCGCGGUCCUUGAGCAGGAGCGCGUCGCGACGCUCGAGAGGGAAUUAUGGAAGCACCAAAAGGCAAACGAGGCCUUCCAAAAGGCGCUUCGCGAGAUUGGCGAAAUCGUCACCGCCGUCGCUCGCGGCGACUUGACCAUGAAGGUUCGCAUGAACACGGUCGAGAUGGACCCCGAAAUCACAACAUUCAAGCGCACCAUCAACGCCAUGAUGGACCAGCUGCAGAUCUUCGCCAGCGAGGUUUCGCGGGUCGCUCGUGAAGUCGGCACAGAGGGCUUGCUGGGCGGACAGGCUCGCAUCGGCGGCGUUGACGGCACAUGGAAGGAGCUGACUGAUAACGUGAACGUUAUGGCGCAAAAUCUCACCGACCAAGUGCGCGAAAUCGCGUCCGUAACGACAGCCGUCGCCCACGGCGACCUGACCAAGAAAAUCGAACGGCCAGCAAGGGGCGAAAUCCUCCAGCUCCAGCAAACGAUAAACACAAUGGUGGACCAGCUGCGAACGUUUGCCUCCGAGGUGACGCGCGUGGCAAGAGACGUCGGGACAGAGGGCAUUCUCGGCGGGCAAGCUGACGUCGGGGGUGUGCAGGGCAUGUGGAAUGAUUUAACCGUCAACGUAAACGCCAUGGCCAAUAAUCUGACAACCCAGGUGCGCGACAUCAUCAAGGUCACGACAGCCGUCGCCAAGGGUGACCUCACCCAAAAGGUCCAGGCCGACUGCAGGGGCGAGAUUUUUGAGCUCAAGUCCACCAUCAACUCCAUGGUCGACCAGCUGCAGCAGUUCGCCCGCGAGGUCACCAAGAUCGCCCGCGAGGUCGGAACCGAGGGCCGUCUUGGCGGCCAAGCCACAGUGCACGACGUCGAGGGCACGUGGAGAGAUCUCACCGAGAAUGUCAACGGCAUGGCCAUGAACCUGACCACGCAAGUGCGAGAGAUUGCCAAGGUCACGACCGCGGUGGCCAAGGGCGACCUGACUAAGAAGAUUGGCGUCGAGGUCAAGGGGGAGAUUUUGGAACUCAAAAAUACAAUCAACCAGAUGGUGGACCGUCUCGGCACCUUUGCCGUCGAGGUGAGCAAGGUCGCCCGCGAAGUCGGCACCGAGGGUACCCUGGGCGGCCAGGCUCAAGUCGCCAACGUCGAGGGCAAAUGGAAAGACCUGACCGAAAACGUCAACACUAUGGCCUCGAACCUGACGGUCCAAGUCCGAAGCAUUUCCGCAGUCACACAGGCCAUCGCCAAUGGCGACAUGAGCCAAACGAUUGAUGUUGAAGCCAACGGAGAGAUACAAGUCUUGAAGGAGACCAUCAACAACAUGGUUGAGCGACUGUCGAGUUUCUGCUACGAGGUGCAGCGCGUGGCAAAGGACGUGGGCGUCGACGGGAAGAUGGGCGCCCAGGCAGACGUCGCCGGUCUCGAUGGCCGCUGGAAGGAGAUUACGACAGACGUCAACACCAUGGCUAGCAAUCUGACGACGCAAGUGCGUGCCUUUUCUGACAUAACAAAUCUGGCCACGGAUGGCGACUUCACCAAGCUUGUGGACGUCGAGGCGUCUGGCGAAAUGGAUGAACUCAAACGAAAGAUCAACCAGAUGAUUUCGAACCUGAGAGACAGCAUUCAACGUAACACACAAGCCAGAGAAGCCGCCGAGCUGGCCAACAAGACCAAGUCGGAGUUCCUCGCCAACAUGUCGCACGAGAUCCGAACGCCGAUGAACGGAAUCAUCGGCAUGACCCAGUUGACUCUAGAUACCGACUUGACCCAGUACCAGCGGGAGAUGCUCAACAUAGUCAAUAACCUUGCCAACAGCCUUCUGACCAUUAUAGACGACAUUUUGGAUUUGUCGAAGAUUGAGGCCAGGAGGAUGGUGAUUGAGGAGAUCCCGUAUACGUUGCGGGGAACCGUCUUCAACGCCCUCAAGACCUUGGCGGUCAAGGCAAACGAAAAGUUUCUGGAUCUGACGUACAAAGUCGACAGCUCCGUCCCCGAUCACGUCAUUGGCGAUUCGUUCCGCCUCCGGCAGAUCAUCCUCAAUCUCGUGGGCAACGCCAUCAAGUUUACUGAGCAUGGCGAGGUCAGCCUGACCAUCAAGGAGUGGGCCGAUCAGGUGGACGUCAAGUUGGGCGAGUAUGCCGUCGAGUUUGUCGUCGAGGACACCGGCAUUGGCAUCGCGCAGGACAAGCUCAAUCUCAUCUUCGACACCUUCCAACAGGCUGACGGCUCCAUGACGCGCAAGUUUGGCGGCACGGGCCUGGGCCUCUCAAUCUCGAAGCGGCUCGUCAACCUCAUGGGCGGUGACCUGUGGGUGAACAGCGAGGCCGGCAAGGGCAGCCAGUUCCAUUUCACCUGCCGCGUCAAGCUUGCCUCGGGCGACACGGAAGCCAUCAAGAAGCAAAUCCACCCUUACCAAGGCCAUCAGGUGCUCUUCGUGGAUAAGGCUCAGUCGAGCUCCGGCACGGAGAUUCGGGUGAUGCUCGAGCAGAUUGGCCUUCAGCCCGUCGUGGUCGAUUCCGAGAAGAGUUCGGCCCUCACCCCGGUCAGUGCGGGCGGCACGCUGCCGUACGAUGCCAUUCUGGUUGACUCCAUCGACACCGCCCGGAGGUUGAGGGCGGUGGAUGACUUCAAGUAUCUGCCCAUCGUCCUACUGGCACCCGUGGUUCACGUCAGCCUCAAGUCGUGCCUUGACCUGGGUAUCACGUCGUACAUGACCACGCCGUGCAAGCUUAUUGACCUCGGCAAUGGCAUGAUACCUGCCUUGGAAAAUAGAGCCACGCCGUCUCUGGCUGAUAACACCAAGUCCUUUGAGAUUCUUCUCGCCGAGGACAAUACUGUCAACCAACGCCUUGCCGUCAAGAUCCUGGAAAAGUAUCACCACGUCGUGACGGUGGUGAGCAACGGUUGGGAGGCCGUCGAGGCCGUCAAGGAGAAGAAGUUUGACGUGAUUCUCAUGGACGUCCAAAUGCCCAUUAUGGGAGGAUUCGAAGCCACCGGCAAGAUUCGAGAGUACGAACGGAGUAUGGGUACGCACAGGACCCCCAUCAUCGCCCUGACCGCCCACGCCAUGAUGGGUGACCGUGAGAAGUGCAUACAAGCGCAAAUGGAUGAGUAUCUGUCCAAACCUCUGCAGCAGAAUCACCUCAUACAGACAAUUCUGAAGUGCGCCACCCUGGGCGGCCCGCUCCUCGAGAAGAACCGCGAGCGAGAGCUAGCGAUCCAGGCAGAUGCCAAGGCAUCCAGCCACAACCAAAGCGGCCAGGGGCUCCUGCGACCGGCGCUCGAGGGCCGGUCGUUCACCACCCGAGAACCCUUGACUGGCACAGGCCUGGCCAGCCCUGCCCUCGUGGCGGCAGAUCAGGAGGAUCCUUGGGCAAGAUUCCUACUGAGAUCGCAUAGCAGCUAG